CGAGAAAUCGAGGCAAGGCAGCGGGAAGGUACAUCUGUUAACCCCGCUGGCCUCCUUCACAUUCCAGCUGUCAGGUGCCAUGUGGUGAGGUCUAAGGUGUGCCCCUCUUUCCUAAUCCCGUCAUCACUAAAUUGGAACGCCCCGAGCCUGAUCUCAGACACGCACUGUGCAUCUCUGGCGGACCAUUCGAGGCAACGCAACUCACAGUCAGGUUCACCAAGGUAAGGUACGAAUCAUCGGUCUUACCUUAACUUGCCCCAGUACGUUCGAAGGCAGCCCGGGAAGGAACGACUGAGGAGGUGGUCUUACCUUCCUUUCGUUUGGAACGACCGGAACUCGAGCUAUCGACUCUCAUUGUUCGCAGGCCUUGUGCUCUCUCACUUCCCAACAUCAACACUUCUACGCUUUACCCCUCCACUUCCACCCUUAUCAGCUUCGACACUACACUUCCACACUUCCUACCUUACCUUACCGCUAUCGAGGUAAGUGGACGUGCCGGGACUGUUCGGACCUCACAACCUCGCUGCUGAUAACCCCACCAACCCACCUUACUAGGUACCUUUACCAAACGCCUUUCCCCACUGCACUUGCCCAAGACCCCGAUAUUCCCCCUGCAACCUGCCCCUUCCGCGCACCAAGCCAAGUGCGAUAAGGCGUUAUCGCUGCCUACACUGCCGCGACUGCCUGAUACCGAACAGUGACAGCACGGUGCAACCUCCGAAUUCCUGCCCCACUUCAUCCACCUCGGCGACCUCGACGUCCAACUUACACUGUCUCGCUCCUGCCUUACCUUUCUGCCUCCUUCUGCCUACUCCAUUCCCGCUCAUUAACUUCAGCCCGCGAAGGAGAGGCCCUACUUUGGUCACUUUUCCCUCCUUCACAGCAAGACCUUGGGCACCCAAGACACACUCCCAUCUUCCAUCACACUAUCCAUCGCUCCUGUGAGCUCCUCGUUGCCCUCAUUCUCUACUAGGUACAACCCACUCUCGCCAGAUCACGGAUACAGUCGAGAAGACAUCGACAAGAUGGCGACGGGCGUGAAGCCUCAAGCGGAGGACGUUCUGCUCACCGUCUCCGUCCAAUAUCCAAACCCAGAGUUCCAAUUCCCGGAGCGACGGGUUGUCCUCGAACAGAAGCACCCAAGCGUUGUGAAUAUCGGCCGGACAAGCAAGCGAUUUUCCAACUUGGAGGCGAAACCAGAGAAUUGCUACUUCGAUAGCCCGGUGAUGUCACGGGAGCACGCCAAAAUCACCGUUGACUGGUACCACAAGAAACUGUUCGUCAAAGACAUCGGCUCGCUGCACGGAACCUACCAUAACUCUCUAAAGCUUCCUCCCCACACUGCAAAGGAGCUUACAAGGGGCGACAUAGUCAAGUUUGGGAUCGACAUUCAACGGUCCAACGACCUCUUCCCCCCAUGCACGAUCCAGGUGGACUGGGAAUUCGACCACCUAGCCAAAGCCAAAGCUUCAGAGCUCAGCGGUCGUCCAACCUUUUCCGUCCCUGAUGAUUCUGACUCAGAGAGUAGCGAGGAAGACAUGUCUACUACGGACGAUAUCCGCGCCACCGUCGAGAAGAUUCGCAAGAUCGAGAUGCCUAAAUCGACCACGGGCUUGGCUGGUUCCUUUCCCAGCUUCAUUCCUCCGGGAGUGGAGCCCAUCGUUAUCGACGAAGAUAUCCAAAAGGAUACCGAUAAGCCCUCCGAACGCGCUCCCAAUGCCACGCAAGAUCAGGAGGUGACGAUUGAGCUGGAUGCUCCGUACGACGAAGAGGAAGACGAGGAUAUGCCCUCCAGUCAUAGGAUGAACUCGAAUCUCCCUCUGGUAUUCGCAUCGGAGUCAGAAUCAGAGGAUUCUUACGAUGACGACGAGUCCGAAAGCUAUCCCGAUGAUGAACCUUCGAGCCAGGGAAUGCCGGACUCUUACGAUGAUGACAUUUGUCUCAGUGACUCCGAAAUCUCGGAUCGCAGCGACGAUUCUGAGGCCCAGAGCACCUUUGAGAGUGAGAGCGAGAGCGAGGAUGAGAACCUGACUGGAGCUCCGAGCUAUGACGAGCCUGAGAACGGCCAGACGAUGAAUGGCGAUUACGGUUCUCAACCAAACAAGGACAUGGCAGCCGCCUGGGAAGCACAGGAUCCUUCUCUUACCUUCACGCAAUCGCAACAAAUGCUCAGCAUGCCUCACGCAAGCUACUUCCCUCAGCCAGAUGCUGGUCGCCAGUUCUUCCCCGCGCCUAUGCCGUCACUUCCUUCUAUCAUACCUUACGUAGGUUUGCAAGAACAAGGACGACAGAACGACCUCAGACUGCCGUCGAUAUUGAAUCCUUUGGAUGAUCACGUUGAGAAUCCCUUCUUAGCUGACAUGAACCCCGAGCAAAUGCACACAUCUGCACCGACGGAUUACCUUCUUCAAAGUGAAGGGACAGCACCGCUUCGUGCUUCAUGGGAUCGUGUCCCAAAUACUCCCAAGGUUUUCACUGCCACGGAGUCUCUAGCGUUCUCCCAGGACGAUGGGAUAUCGGCUGAAGCCCUUGGCAAAGUCUCUGGGAAGCCAGAGUUCUUUGCGGCCAGAGAGGAAAACAAGCAAAUCUUGCGCCGCAACGAGCAAGAUAACGAUACAAUCCCGGACCAACCUCGCAGCCAGGUUCCCGAGCAGCCUGCGACUUCCACUGAGCCAUCUACUUCAAAGCUCGGGCACCACAUUACCUCCGAUGCAGCCACCGCGUCGGAGCCGGUAAACGAAACGCCCAAGUCGGCCAAAGUGGCUGAAUCGGCCUGGUCCAGUUCUGGGGAGAAAUUCCUCAAUAGUCCUCAAGACUUCCCUCUUACAUACGCAACGGAAACUCCCGAGCUUGAUAUGACGAGUGCCUUCUCGUUUCAACAGAGUAAAUUGAGCAUCAUAACACCAUCUGAGGAUGUUUCACGGAAUGUCCCUGCCGUGGAGAAGGCCACUCCAAAGCGCAAGGCCAGUGAGAUUUCAACGCUCACGCCUCAUGAGGAGACGACCGAGGCGGCCGUGAAAAGCGCUGAAACCGGGGCGCAGACAACGGCCGAACAGCCCAUGGUUGUUUCUGUGGUUACAGAGCCGACACCAGAAGCACCUCCUCCCCCUAAGCGUCUGCGAAGCUUCUUGAGCAAGGCUGGGUACUUCGUUGGUGGCGGCGUGUUGACUGCGGCAGGUGUCGUAACAGCACUUGCUGCAACCGCCCCUGCUCUUUGACGACUUAACGUGGGCGUUCUUUAUCUUUAUCUUCGACUUAUGGCUUGGCUUGAUUUCUUGGGAGGGAACUGGAUCGGAAUGGGCUCGACCAUUUGUGUCUACCCGACUGACUGUUAGUCGCGGCGUUGAGAGCUUGCGGGAUCUGGAAUUGCGAUUAGGGAAGUGACAGGAUGGAACGAUUCAAAUUUUAUGAUGCUUCGGUUGAGAGUGCCGGCCGGGGAGGACAACUCGAUCAGGACUGGCGGGGCGGGUUUUCUUACCUGGAGGGUUAUGACAUUACUAGGCUGCUACUUAUUCGCUUCUCUAUCUUUAUCAUGGCUCUUUAUCACGAUAGCUAUCGCUUUAGUCCGUGGCAGUCAAUGCUUAGGUAACGGUUUUUUCCUUUGCGAUUUCAAGCUUCUGAUGAUACCUCACGCCAAUACGGAAU